UUUGGAAUUUUCGUGAACUAAAUCAAAAUUGUCAAAAAAAUGACAGAUCCAAAUAACUAAUGAAAGAACUGAUAAAUAAAUAAAAUUAACGCCUAAAAUGAAUUACACAGGCUUAAGCAAGCUCUUCAGCGUCUUUCGAAUAAUCAAAGAAUCGGGAGGCCUAAGAGCCUCCCUCUAUAAAUUGUACAGAAUGGACGAGCUAAAAGUGGGGACGCUCAUGGGAACCGACAAGUACGGCAACAAAUACUUCGAGAACAACCGCUUCUUUUACGGACGCAACCGUUGGGUCGAAUACGCGCCGUACUACCGUUUGGAGUACGACGGCAGUCAAGUGCCGGCCGAAUGGUUCGGCUGGCUGCACUACAAGACCGACUUCACUCCCGACAACGAUCCUGGCAGGCCCAAGUACAAGUGGAUGCUCGACCACACGGAGAAUUUGAGCGGUACGCCGCAACAGUACGUGCCGUACAGCACGACGACGCAGAAGAUCGACGCGUGGAAACCGCCGUGUCCGAAAUUUGUAAUCAUUGCCAAGCGCUUUUGCCAUCGGCAGGCGGGCUAUACGCAUUUCGGAUUUGAAACGGUGACGGAGCAGGAAAAACAGCAGCGCGUACAUAAGAUCUUCGACGAGGUCGCCCAGUCCUACGAUUUGAUGAACGAUCUGAUGUCGUUCGGCAUACAUCGCCUUUGGAAGGAUACGUUCAUGGACCGUCUCGGGCCAACUCCCGGUACAAAUUUGUUAGAUGUGGCCGGAGGGACAGGUGACAUCGCCUUUCGCUACUUGAACUACCUUAAAUCGGACCGCCUGCACCCCAACAGUCACGUCACCGUACUCGAUAUCAACACGGCCAUGCUCGACGUCGGACAAUAUCGAAGCAAAGGGUUGGGGUACGAUUCCUCUCAGAUAACGUUUCAAGAGGGCAACGCCGAGGAGUUACCGUUCGAAGACGGCUUGUUCGACGCCUACACCGUCGUUUUCGGGAUUCGAAAUUUCACCCACAUUCAGAAAGCCAUCGAUGAAGCGUACCGCGUGCUGAGGCCCGGAGGACGCUUCCUCUGCAUGGAGUUCAGUCAAGUUACCGACACCAACUUGCAAUGGAUCUACGACCAGUACAGCUUCCAAGUCAUUCCGCUCAUGGGUCAAUUGGUCAGCGGCCAAUGGCACCCCUACCAGUACCUGGUGGAGAGCAUCCGCCAGUUUCCCAAUCAGGAUCUCUUCAAGUCUAUGAUAGAAAAGGCAGGCUUUCGAGAGGUCAUUUAUGAAAACUUAUCGUCUGGCAUUGUCGCAAUUCAUUCAGGCUUUAAAUUGUAAUUAAAGUUUGCUUAAAAGUAAAUAUAAAUAAUUAUCGUC